GCGGUUGCUGAGGCGUUGUCAAGAGGCCGGGAGCUCCAGCAUCAGGAGGCGCGGGGAUGGGGGCGAGCGGCAGCACCCGGCGCGUCUCCUUCGGCGUGGACGGGCAGCAGCGGGUGACGGUGCUGCAGGGCCUGCGGCUCUCUGACAACCUUAUCACAAGAAUGAAGGAUCUGCCCCAGCCAAUGUCAAAGCCAUCAAGCUCCAUCUCUGCAGGGUCUGAUCCACAAUGGGAAGGUAGCAUGGCACUGAAUUCUGGGACUAAGGAGGAACUGUACCAGAGGUAUGAAAAAGAUAAGGUAAUGGUUGAAGACGAGCUGUCCAAGCUUGCUCAGCAAGAGCAAGUGGAAGCCAUUACUGAAUUCAGCGAGCGUGCAACCUCGGCAGGGGAGCAGCAGGACAUCAAGCAGCUUGCUAGCCAACUGGAAAGGAAGCAAGCAGAGCUUCAAGAACUUGAAGCAUUUUAUAAAGAACAGUUGGAUCUUAUUGAGCAGAAGAAUGCAGAGUACUACAGACUUGCAUCAGCACAGUUUAAUGAAGCAGCUACAACAGCAGACACCCGUGUCAAGAGGAGAAACUAUGAGCCUCUCUGCAUAAAUCUGCAGUCCCAAAUCCUUCAGUGUUACCAGGAAAAUCCACAGCUGACUCUGAAGUGCUCAGACUUCGCCAAAGAGUACCGUCACUGCAUUAGAGAGGCACAAAAGACUUUGUUGGUGAAUCAAGGCUGAAAUGCAGGAUGGCUUUGUUCAGUGCCUGUUGCCGUGGAAACCGCAUACUCCUCUCUUCUUAACCACGACGGGAAGGGCUUGUCCAGAAUCCUGUUUAUCAAUAAACAUGCGUUGAGCUGACUUCAUUUCUCUCAAUCCCUGUUAGCUCAAUGCAAAUGUGACCUAGCGUUUGAUUCAAGCUGCCUAUACAUCUGCCCAAACAUUACUACCCUUAUACGUUCCUUUGUCUAGUACCUCUGUGCAAGACUUCAAAUCUCCUGUUAUGUUGCUGGUUCUCAUGUUAUAGAUGGUUCUGUAUCUAUUGUGCUCGCCUGAAU